UUCGCGAGGUAGUGCCAAGAGUUCUUACUGUGGGAGAGAAUAUGGUUACAAUGCUCAGUGAUACGUGCGGAUAUGUUCUCUUUCUGCUGUUGCUGUUGUUGGUUCCUUAUAUCGAGAGUGCUCGCCGAUUAAACGAAUAUAUUCGUCACUACGAACCUCUCUCUUAUCCUACCGAAGAGGUCCAUCGAGGUCACCUGAGGGCCAAGAGGUCGGUUACCCGCGACAAUUCCGUGACUCUCAAGUUUCGUUCACACGGAAGGGACUUCCACAUUCGACUGAAGCGGGAUCUGACCACCUUUAGCAAUAACUUAAUUAUUGAGGGCCCUUCCGGUCAAACGGAAGACCUCGAUACUUCACACGUUUACCAGGGACACUUAGUCGGUGAGCCUGGCAGCCACGUGUUUGGAAGCAUCACUGAUGGCGUUUUCCAUGGGAAAAUCAUUUCACCCCGUGGCGGCGCGUGGUACGUGGAAAAGGCGCACUAUUAUUUUCCGCCGCACGAGAUAAAUGACACGUUACAUUCUGUGAUCUAUCAUGAAAAUGACGUCGGCGAUCCAUACGCCCAUUUUCGAAAAGGUGAAUCUAGCGGCUGUGGAAUCACGGAUGACGUGGUGAUAUGGAUGGAUAGAAUUCAAAAUUCCGGCGAACCGGACAUUUCCGUCCCGGAAGCCGCAAAUGGCAAGAAACUGAAACUGCAAGCGAAACCGUGGAGUAACGAUCAGGAAUCCCCUGGUCACAAAUACUCUCGAGAAGCUAACGAACCUACUCAUCGUAGAGUACGUAGGGCAACUAGACCAAAAGAGGAUAAUAAAAAUACUUGUUCCCUUUUUAUCCAAACCGAUCCACUUAUAUGGAGACAUAUAUCUGAACAGUUACAUCACGACGCGGAGAAAACCAGGGAAGAGAUACUGUCUUUGAUCGCGCAUCACGUUACCGCCGUAAAUUAUAUCUAUAGGGAUACCAGAUUCGACGGACGAAUCAAGCAUAGAAAUAUUAAAUUCGUGGUGCAACGGAUAAAGAUCGACGAUGACACGGCGUGCACGCCUCAGCAAACCUACGGCGAGCCGAAUCCUUUUUGCAUGGAGAACAUCGACGUUAGCAACUUUUUAAAUCUACACUCGCUCGGUAAUCACGAAGACUUCUGCCUUGCCUACGUAUUUACUUACAGAGAUUUUACCGGUGGUACUCUUGGACUUGCUUGGGUAGCUUCGGCAUCCGGUGCAUCCGGUGGUAUCUGUGAAAAAUAUAAAACGUACACGGAAACAGUUGGAGGAAUGUAUCAAUCCACCAAGAGAUCUUUGAACACUGGGAUUAUUACCUUUGUUAAUUACAACAGUAGAGUACCUCCGAAAGUAUCGCAGUUGACACUAGCCCAUGAAAUAGGGCAUAAUUUUGGAUCACCUCACGAUUUUCCACCUGAAUGUAGACCCGGUGGGCUAUCUGGCAAUUACAUCAUGUUCGCGUCAGCGACAAGUGGAGAUCGGCCGAAUAAUAGCAAAUUUUCCAAAUGCAGUAUUGGUAAUAUCAGUAACGUCUUGGACGCUAUCGAAGACAAUAAGAAAAGAAAUUGUUUCACUGCUUCUGCUGGAGCGUUCUGCGGCAAUAAGAUCGUCGAAGCUGGAGAAGAAUGUGAUUGCGGAUACGACGACGACGAGUGUGUAGAUAAAUGUUGUUAUCCGAGCAAAGUGUCAGAAUUGGACAAAAUAAAGAAUGAAACGGCGAAGGGUUGUAACAGAAAAUUUGGAACACAAUGCAGUCCUAGCCAAGGACCUUGUUGUUCGAGCGAAUCAUGCCAGUUUGUGUCUCUUUCGAAAAAUAUUCAAUGUAAAGUUGAAUCGGACUGUAGUUACAAUUCGACUUGUAACGGACGAUCUUCGGAUUGUCCUCAGCCGUUACCAAGAGCUAAUAAGACUAGGUGUAACGAAGGAACUCAGUUAUGCAUCAACGGUGAAUGUACUGGAUCAAUUUGUCUCGAGUGGAAUCUAACCGAGUGUUUUUUAACAAGUAACGUAAUUCCAAACAUUGAUAAACGUAAAUUGUGCGAAUUAGCUUGCCAAAAUGGAACCGAUCCAUCGACUUGCCGUAGUACCAGCGAAUUUGCUCACGUUGUUGGUCUACCUGAUGGUGGAAUUAAUCUCCGACCUGGAUCACCCUGCGAUAACUUUCAAGGGUAUUGUGAUGUAUUUUUAAAGUGUAGAGCAGUUGACGCAGAAGGGCCGUUAGCCAGACUGAAAAAUCUUUUAUUCAAUAAGGAAACAUUGCUCACGGUAGCACAAUGGGUAACUGAGUUUUGGUGGGCAGUAUUGUUAAUGGGAAUAGCUUUCAUUAUUUUUAUGGGCUUGUUCAUCAAAUGCUGUGCUGUUCACACUCCUUCCAGUAAUCCUAAGAAACCACCAGCGAGACGUAUUAGUGAUACUCUAAGAAGACCAAUGAAUACUCUAAGACGAAUGCGGCAUCAACACGGUGGAGGAGGUGCUGGCCCUAGAAGUAUACCUUCGAGGCAGAAUCAAAGUGGCCAUAGCGGUACUCGAGGACCCUCUCAUGGUUAUGGAGAGGGUAGAGGUGCUCAGUAUUAUCCAAAAGGCUAUCGCUCGGUUCCCACAGCUAGUGCGCCACCCAGUAGCAGCGCAGCACCCAAUUACGGUCGGUCCAACCACCCAGAACUGUACGCCGGCGCCUAUUCGGGCUCCGGAGGGGGGAGGACCUCAGCCUACGAGAUGAGGCAUUACAACAAGGUGUGA